AACUUAGCGAAAGCCAUCCAAAACACAUCACAAUGAAGUACUUUGUAUAUUUCUGUGUUCUUGCCGCGCUGUUGUCCUGGGCUCUGGCAGAGUCUGUUACCCAAGAGCUCCAGUCAGCUGGCCAGGCUAUGAUUGAAUCCGAAGGACCAGCAGACGUAGAACAAGCUGUUGCCCUAUUCUUACGCCAGGAGGAGCAUGAGGAUGUGGAACAUGUUGAGUCGGACAGCCGCCAAAAACGCGUUGCCUGCCGCUGCUACAGACGUGGCAAAGUGAUUGUCUGCUAUUGCCGCUAGAGGGCGUUUCACAUGCAUUUUGGUCAUUAAUGGGAACGGAAUAUGCCCAAUACUACAGUUUAUUAAAAAAAAAUCUAUAUAUAUAUAAUUGUAAAUAUUAAGAAAGAGCAAAUAAAUCAGAUUUUUAACUGAAGGGAAAUAA